AUCCUUCUUUGGAGAAGUACCAAGCUGUGGCUUCAUGUGAUAUUAGUGACAAUAUUGUUUAUGACAAGAAGCAGAUUUUGAUCUUUAGGAAGGAAGGAAUCAACCGGGAUGGGUAAGUUGUAGACUUGCUAGCUACGUAGUUUGUUUCACAACAAUGCGCGCACCUGUUAUUUCUCGUUGCGUGGCUGGCUAGUCCCUAAAUCGCAGCUCUCUUGUAGCAUACAUUAGUAGUAUCCUGAUUCAUGCAAAGAGUAGGUAGUAAUUAACAUCGGCAUCACACUGUUUGUUACUUAAGUUUGACCUAUAUCUUAAACGUGUAUAAGCUUGCUUUGAUGAUAUAUUGCAUUGAUUGGCAUAAAAAGUAAUGCUUUCCAAUGAAAGCUUAAAGGCUCCUCCCCCGCUCUUUUCAUAUUUGCUAGAUCCAGACAGGCCAAUAGCUCGUCGCAUAGAAAGUUGGAAAGCAAGAGCUAGAGUUGGAGAUCAAGGGCGAAACCAAAGUUCCAAAGUGACCAAGGAGAAGAGGAUUGAGUGACGAUGAUGAGAAUGUGGGCAAGCUUGAGAGAUCCUCUUCUCCUUGGUCACUUUAGAACUUUGGUCAAUUUCCCUUCUUUUAUAAACAAUAUCUCACAAAAACAUAUAAGUAACAUUGAUACAAAGAUAAAUUCACAUUAUAUCACGAAUUUGAUAUUUGAUUGGCUAAGGAUGGUGUAGAUUCCAUGAACAGCAUUGAGUAGGUUAUAAAACAAAAUAGGGGUUUUGACUUUUUUUCCUUCUUCGACACUAUAAACAAAAUAGGAAUGGUCGGGUGUAAAGCGGGUUGGACUUCAGCAAAACCCUACCCUACCCGCUAAUUUCAGAAGCGGGUAAAAGGCACACACUACCCAAGACCCGUCAACAUAGAUUUGCCCGCUUUCCCUAGUUAGAUUGCAUUUGUCGGAUUGGAUAUCCAUGAGUUCAGAUUCAAUUGACAUUCCUAAUGGACGGUGGUGUUAAUUGUCAUUGGCUAGCAGAGUACCUUUUGUGUAUGUGUCUGUAGAUCUUGUGCCUGUGGUGAAACUUUCUCUUUCACUUGUUUUUUUCUGAUUGUUGCUUUGAUGAUAUAUUGCAAUGGUUGAUAUAGAAAAUAAUGUUCCACAAUCAAAGUUUGAAGUCCCUUCCCCAUCUUACAACAGAUUUGCUAGAUCCAGACGAGUUAACAGUGGAUGUCAUGGUGGGUCGAGAGGGUUGGGUGAUGCACGUACGAGAUUGAUGUUGUCAAAGAAGAGGAAGUACAAAUGCUUGAUCUUUAAACACAUGCUUGCUGUAGGAGAGUUCAAACAAGAAUCUUUCCUAUGGGAUGAUCCUAACUUUGCUAUUUUAGCAUUUUUCAUGUGGAUUUGAGAGGUGAGGUUGGCAUCACCAUCACAAGGCAGGAGUUCUACAUAGUUACAUCCCUGAAGAAGAUGGGAUUUGAGCUACAUGAUGGAAUGUAUGUCCGAGCAUACAAUCCUCAUGUAGUCCAUGAUGGUGAUGAUGAUGUUGUUGAUGAUGGUGAAGAGCCUAGAGACGAGCCAAUGUGGCAGCCACAGAGUUCAGUUCCACCAGUCACCCUAGACCGUAUAUGGGAGCGCAUGGAUGACAUGUACGAGUACAUGAGGCAGAUGUCCACCCAGAUGACUGGCAUCAACGACUAUAUGGGGCAAAUGACCACUCAGAUGAGCUCACUGCAGGCGACGGUAAAUGAUAUGCGAGAUGAGUUCCGCUCUUUCAGUGGAAGAUACAUGCAUCCGCCCAUAUCCGACUACCAUAAUGCAACCAAUGAGGAAAAUGCGGAUGAGUGAGAGAGUGAAGAGGUGUAGGAACUCCAUGAGUUUAUCUUAUGUUUUUUUUUUUGUUAAGUAGAGGAUUUGAUUUGAAACAACUUUGAUUUUUUAUUUUAUGAAGUGUGUUUUAUGUGAACAAUUAUGAAGUGUGUUUUUUAUUUUAUGGGUCCUUGCUAUCAUGAUAUAAGACUGAUUCCAAUGACAAUCAAACGUAAUUUGAACGACCAAACGAACCACCCACAUCGACAUACAUAAGCAAAAAAGUCGAAGGUCAUUGGCUAAAUUUCCUUAACUCGGUCGACCUCUUACUGUAUCUGGUCGACUUCGAGACCAACACCCGAUCCUCUUAUUAGGUCCUAUACUCUUCUGUCUGGUCGACCUUUUUUUGUAAAUGGUCGACCAUUUUUGGUAAUGACCACAAAUAAGAUGGUCGGCCUCAUUACAUUUACGGUCGACCUGUUUGGUUCAGACGACAAUGAAAAGGGCGAUCCAUAUUUUAUUGUGGUCCACCGGUAAUGUCACAACUACACCAAAUACGGUUGACCACUACAUUUAAAAGUUCGACCAUGAUAAGUCAUCAUAUUGCCCAUAUUAGUAGAUUCGGUCGACCUCGAUUAGGAAUAGGUCGACCGAAAAGUGCAAGAUACGGUGACAUCCAUGUUUGGCUUUUGAGCCUUGCGGGUAGGGGUGUGCAAUGGUUCGGUCCGUACCGGACCACACCGGACCAAACCAUUGUUAAGACCUGACCGGACCAGACCGAGUAAAAUGCGGUCCGGUGCUUGGUCCUAAUGAAUUUUAAAAUUAGUU